AUGUUCAUUUUUUUUCUGUAUUUAUUUUUCAUAGCUUUUUCCUUUUUUUACUCAGGUGAGAAUGAUAACAUUGUACACCGACAGACCACAUGUGUUCGAUGGCGCAUCUUUUUUUGUCAAGUAAGAAAUUUUAGCUUCGGUGAAUAUCUGCGGAUGGUACAGAUAUCUAUGUGGAAAUAUCUGCUUCUAACCUGGGAAGCCAUGUCAGGCAAGAGAGAGGACACCCUCACCGAAAGGGCUUACAUUGCAAGUGAAGCAAGCAAACUCUUCCGACAGAACAAAAAUAUUAAAAAUGCGUCUGAAAUCGAGGAACACAUCAAAGAGGGUGAAGUUCGACUAGAACUAGCUCUUCAUUACCGAAUUCCAUAUCCAAGACAGGCAGUCAAUCAUGUAAUCCUUGUCCGGAAAGGUCGUCUUUCAUCCAUUAUCAAUCUAUUUUUCCUAACUGUGGUACUGAGACAGUUGUUUUUUGGGAGCCUUUCUCAAUUUUUAUUUCUUUCUCAAUAUCCAGGCUUCCCAGGCACAAAUUACAAUGGGGACGAUUGUAGCACAGUAGAGUUUGUUCUUGAUAUCAUAUGGAAUGUCUUUUCUGUCCAUGAUCCUUUUUCUUCAGUACUCUAA